CACUGCCGCACCUUCUUAGCCGCUCGCUUCUGCUCGGGUCUCGGUCAGGGCCAAGCUUCGGUCGGCUCUUUUUAUAUCCCUCCAAACAUCCAAGCUGAUAAAAGCCCUGUUCAGCCAAAUUCCGCUAGCCCCCUGCUGCCCAAUUCUUUGUCUGCGCACGCAAGAUAAAUGAUUCCCCGCAUCAACCAGCUAGUCAGACGUCUCUCCCGCCCACGACCCAAUUCCGUACAUAUUCCUGCUGCCACAGCAGCCCGUCCGAUUGGGUCUCCGCUCUCCAUGACAUCAUAUACGGUGACAGCGCUGGCGAACAGCAAGAAAACGAUACGCACAGCAGCAUGUCUGAUAAUCGGCGACGAAGUCUUAGGCGGGAAGACCGUCGACACCAAUUCCCCCUUUUUCGCAAAGUACUGCUUCUCAAUGGGCGUGUCACUAAAGCGCAUAGAGGUCAUUGCAGAUGAUGAGAGCGAGAUUAUCGAAGCUGUAAAACGGAUGAGCGAAAAAUACGACUUCGUUGUAACAAGCGGAGGAAUCGGCCCAACCCACGAUGACAUUACCUACCAAUCAAUAGCACGGGCCUUUGGCCUCAAGCUGAAGCUACACGAAGAGGCCCUGGCGCGGAUGCGCAACCUCUCCAAACCGCAACAGGCGCAACGAGACUUCGACUGGGAUACCCCUUCGCCGGCACUCACGGCACGACUACGCAUGGUCAAGAUACCCGUAGAUGAAGCCAUCCCGCUGAAAGACCAGGCUCUAUUUGUCGCGGACGACCUCUGGCUGCCCGUCUCCAUUGUCAACGGGAACGUCUAUAUCCUCCCCGGCGUGCCGCUGCUGUUCGAGCGCCUGUGCAAUGCGCUUAAGCCAUUGCUACAACCCCGUCUAGUUAAUCCAGAUGGGGAUGGGAUGCAUCGGCUCCUGUUCGCGACGCCAUUGUAUGAGAGUACGAUUGCGCCGUAUCUGACAGAGCUGGCGGCGAGGGUCGAGCCGCACGGUAUCAAGGUGGGUAGUUAUCCGCGGUGGGGCAAGAAGCGGAAUACGGUGACGCUGGUUGGGAAGGAUCUGAAGUACAUGGAGAGCCUUAUUGAUGAGGUGGAGAAGAAUGUGGAGGGGCGGAGAGUCAUGAGGGAGGAUGAGGAUGACCCGCCGGAAGAUGAGGCGGAAAGUCCGAAGUAAGGAAAACGGAAUUUGGGUUUGCUAUUUAUUGAACGUUUACAAGCGAAGGCCGAUCUAGACCAAUUCAUUUCUAUGAUUGAUUGAAUCGUAGUUGUAUAUAAAAAUAACAUAUUUCCCCGCUAAUAGCCCUCCUAUUCAUCCUGAGAGAAAAUAUUCUGGGCCCCGCUCCGCCUCACCUCCGCCCGUUUUCUUUUAGCCUAAAACACCUAUAUAUAUGUAUAUACCUGGUAUAUAACUCCCACCACCUCGCCUGCUCGACUGCGCGGCAGCAUAUACUAUGUAGAAAACCCUAACUGUUUUGUGAUUUGAUUUGACACAAGCCGCUUGUUUCAUCUACCCCCGAUUUCCCUACAUGUUAAUGCGAUACAAGAGCGAGAAAAAAAAAAGAAAAAAAAAGGGAGGGUAAAGUGUUUCAGGGCAUCCUAAUUGAGUACUUCACAGUAUUUAUUUAACCACCACAGCCGGAGUAGCAACAAUAUUUAAAUGAUAGGCACCAGUUCAUGCGCGCAUACACAAUCUACACGGUACCCCGUACAUUUUACAUGUACAUGUACAUAUUUACUUCUGAACUUGUUACUCACAAUCCAACUCUCUCUAAACUCAUUAUUUCUACUCCCCCCCUUCCUUCCCCCCUUGUUUCGCAAAGCGCCCUGGGUGAGGUAAGAGUGCUUAUGUAUGAACGCACUCUAUACAUGUUCAUUGUAUCUACCCAACAGAGAGCACAUGCGCAGAACAGAAACAACCUACACACAUACAUAUAAUACUGCUAGGUUCUCUAGAUAUGCAUCCAAGUUGACUUACUAGAAAAUGACACCUAAUCUUUUCUCGGUUCCA